CUGCAUGGCGCUGGGAUGUCGGGGGCGCCGCGCGGCGGAGGUGGGGGCGAGCCCGGGGGUGCGGAGCGGGCGGCCGGGCCGGGCGGCCGGCGCGGGCUCCGGGCGUGUAGCGAGGAGUUCGCGUGCCCCGAGCUGGAGGCACUGUUCCGCGGCUACACGCUGCGGCUGGAGCAGGCGGCCACCCUGAAGGCGCUGGCUGUGCUGAGCGCACUGGCGGGAGCGCUGGCGCUGGGCGAGCUGCUGGGCGCGCCGGGGCCCGCGCCCGGCCUGGCCCGCGGGUCGCACCCGGUGCACUGCGCGCUCUUCCUGGCGCUGCUCGCGGUCACCAACGUGCGCUCGCUGCGGGCGCCGCGCCUGCGGCAGGUGGCCCGGCUGGCGCUGCUGCUCAGCCUCACCUUCGCGCUGCUCUGCUGCCCGCUGGCGCUCGGCGGACCCGCGCGGGGCCUGGCCGGGGCGGCCGAGGGCUCGGCGGCCGCGGAGCAGGGCGUGUGGCAGCUGCUGUUGGUCACCUUCGUGUCCUACGCCCUGCUGCCCGUGCGCAGCCUGCUGGCCGUCGGCUUCGGGCUCGUGGUGGCCACCUCGCACCUGCUGGUCACAGCCACCCUGGUCCCCGCCAAGCGCCCGCGUCUCUGGAGGACGCUCGGGGCCAACGCGCUGCUCUUCGUGGGCGUGAAUAUGUAUGGCGUGUUUGUGCGCAUUGUGACAGAGCGCUCACAGAGGAAGGCCUUCCUGCAGGCCCGUGGCUGCAUCGAGGACCGCCUGCGGCUGGAGGAUGAGAACGAGAAGCAGGAGCGGCUGCUCAUGAGCCUCCUGCCCCGGAAUGUUGCCAUGGAGAUGAAGGAGGACUUCCUGAAGCCCCCCGAGAGGAUUUUCCACAAGAUUUACAUCCAGAGGCACGACAACGUGAGCAUCCUGUUUGCAGACAUCGUAGGCUUCACAGGCUUGGCGUCCCAGUGCACGGCGCAGGAGCUGGUGAAACUGCUCAACGAGCUCUUCGGCAAGUUUGACGAGUUAGCCACGGAGAACCACUGUCGCCGCAUCAAGAUCCUUGGUGACUGCUACUACUGCGUGUCUGGCCUCACCCAGCCCAAGACUGACCACGCCCACUGCUGCGUAGAGAUGGGGCUCGACAUGAUUGACACCAUCACGUCUGUGGCUGAGGCCACCGAGGUGGACCUGAACAUGCGUGUGGGGCUGCACACCGGCAGGGUCCUCUGUGGCGUACUUGGCCUGCGCAAGUGGCAGUAUGACGUGUGGUCCAAUGAUGUGACCCUGGCCAAUGUCAUGGAGGCCGCUGGCCUGCCGGGGAAGGUUCACAUCACAAAGACCACCCUCGCCUGCUUGAACGGAGACUACGAGGUGGAGCCGGGCCAUGGCCAUGAGAGGAACAGCUUCCUGAAGGCACACAACAUCGAGACCUUCUUUAUUGUGCCGUCCCAUCGGAGAAAGAUUUUCCCGGGCCUAAUCCUCUCGGACAUCAAGCCAGCCAAGAGGAUGCGAUUCAAGACCGUGUGCUACCUGCUGGUGCAGCUCAUGCAUUGCCGGAAGAUGUUCAAGGCUGAGAUCCCCUUCUCCAACGUCAUGACUUGUGAGGACGAUGACAAGCGGCGGGCACUGAGGACAGCCUCGGAGAAGCUCCGGAACCGCUCGUCUUUCUGCGCCAACGUGGUCUAUACCACGCCGGGCACGCGGGUCAACAGGUACAUCAGCCGGCUGCUGGAGGCGCGGCAGCCUGAGCUGGAGAUGGCGGACCUGGACUUCUUCACGCUCAAGUACAAGCAGGCGGAGCGCGAGCGCAAGUACCACCAGCUGCAGGAUGAAUACUUCACCAGCGCCGUAGUCCUCGCCCUCAUCCUGGCUGCCUUAUUUGGCCUUAUCUACCUUCUGGUAAUCCCACAGAGCGUGGCUGUCCUGCUCCUGCUAGUGUUCUGCAUCUGCUUCCUGGUUGCCUGUGUGCUGUACCUGCAUGUCACCCGGGUCCAGUGUUUUCCAGGGUGCCUGACGAUUCGGAUCCGCACUGUCUUGUGCGUCUUCAUAGUGGUCUUAAUCUAUUCUGUGGCCCAAGGAUGUGUGGUGGGCUGCCUGCCCUGGUCUUGGAGCUCAAGGUCCAACAGCUCCCUGGUGGUCCUGGCAUCUGGUGGCCGGCGCACCGUGCUGCCUGCCCUGCCCUGCGAGUCUGCCCACCACGCCCUGCUCUGCUGCCUGGUGGGCACCCUCCCGCUAGCCAUAUUCCUGCGGGUGUCCUCCUUGCCAAAGAUGAUCCUGCUGUCCGGGCUCACCACGUCCUACAUCCUCGUCUUGGAGCUCGGCGGCUACACCAAGGCCGGGGGUGGAGCCAUCUCUGGGCGCAGCUAUGAGCCCAUCAUGGCCAUCCUGCUCUUCUCCUGCACACUGGCCCUGCAUGCCAGGCAGGUGGACGUCAGGCUGCGGCUGGACUACCUCUGGGCAGCACAGGCAGAAGAGGAGCGGGAUGACAUGGAGAGGGUGAAGCUGGACAACAAGAGGAUCCUCUUCAACCUCUUGCCGGCCCACGUGGCACAGCACUUCCUCAUGUCCAACCCCCGGAACAUGGAUCUGUAUUACCAGUCCUACUCCCAGGUGGGAGUCAUGUUCGCAUCCAUCCCCAACUUCAACGACUUCUACAUCGAGCUGGAUGGCAACAACAUGGGGGUGGAGUGUCUGCGGCUGCUCAACGAGAUCAUCGCAGACUUUGAUGAGCUCAUGGACAAGGACUUUUACAAGGACUUAGAGAAGAUCAAGACCAUCGGGAGCACCUACAUGGCUGCAGUGGGACUGGCACCCACCUCGGGGACCAGGGCUAAGAAAUCCAUCUCUUCCCACCUUUGCACGCUGGCCGACUUUGCUAUUGAGAUGUUUGACGUCCUGGACGAAAUCAACUACCAGUCCUACAACGACUUUGUCCUCCGAGUUGGCAUCAAUGUCGGCCCGGUGGUAGCUGGGGUAAUCGGUGCGCGCAGACCCCAGUACGACAUCUGGGGAAACACAGUCAACGUGGCCAGUCGUAUGGACAGCACCGGGGUUCAGGGCAGAAUCCAGGUGACGGAGGAGGUGCACAGGCUGCUGCGGAAGUGCCCCUACCACUUCGUGUGCCGAGGCAAAGUCAGUGUCAAGGGCAAGGGGGAGAUGCUGACCUACUUUCUGGAGGGCAGGACUGAUGGGAACGGCGGCCAUGGCCGGCCCAUGCACCUGGAGCGGAGGGUGUAUUCUUAUGGGGGAGCUGGAGGCCAGGCCAGACGGCCGCCGCUGGGCCCUGCCCCUGGCCCCCCAGUUAGGGCCGGGCUCCCCCCAGCAUCCCCUGGCCCAUACCCGCCGGCCACGGCAGCAGGGAGGGAGGCUUAGUGGACCCAUGUGGGCCACUGGAGGAGCGUGCAGGAUGACAUGGGCCACCGUGGCCCUGGCCAGGCCCAGCCAAAUGAGCAGAGCGGGGAGCCCAUGGCCGGCUGCAGAAGGAGCACUGCCCACAUGGCCAACAGGAGCUGUGCCUGCGCUACCCUGACCUGCCCAGGUCUAGCUGGCAUCGGCACUGGGACUUUCGGGAUGUCUGCUGUGGAGGUCUGGCUGGCCAUGGGACCGAAGAGCCGCCACAGGAGAGCCCUAGGCUGGCACCAGGCUGGCGCCAGGUGAGAGGUUCAAAGCUGCCUCACAUGGCCCGGGGAGCAGGUCUGUGCUACGAGCCAGAGGCAGGUCUUCUGGGUCCUCCAGGCGCAGCCCCUCUGUCGUUGGCCAGCACCAGCCACUCAUCCUGUCUGUGUGUCCCCUGCUCUGCCGCUGAGCCUGGCUCCCGUGACACGUGGGUGCCACCUGCAUGUCACUGUCUUGACAUGAGAACCGGCGCCUAUCCUGCUUUUCUCCGAGGUUUGUAGGAUCCUGGGUGUUGAACGGAAUCCAAGUUCCCAUGAGUCAUGUUCCCUGAGGGAAGACAUUGCUUACUGGGGACGUCAUCGCUUGUGAAGUGUGUGGCCCUGCUACAGUUGCAGAGAGAGGCUGCAGGGGCCUGGUGGACACCUGGGACCUCACAGCUGUGCUCCCUGGUGACCUCAGUGGAGACGAAGACAGAGGAAGUGGGUGACAGGACUGGCAGGGUGGCAGGAGGUAUCUGGCCAGAGUUGUCCCCAUGCUGGGGACCUCUGUCCUUGCUCCUAAGAAGGGAGGUGGUAGAAAUAGAACAGGGCUGGUCCAUGCAGGGACCUUGGCCAGGGGACUUCUGGAGGAAAGGUGGCUGGCAGAGACUGUGGGGGGCAGGUGGGCUGAGCCCUGUCCUCUCCUAGUGGUAGGGGCCCCUCUCGCUGCUCCCCAGAGCUCCCACUUCGGUCCCUGGACGAGUCCCUGUCCAGGUGGUGGUGGUGUCACCUGGACUAGCCCUGGGUUAGUUGUGUGGCCAGCAGGGGCCACCAGGGCAACACUUGGGGCAGACUGACCUGGCCCCAUGGGGCUGGGACGGAGGUGGGUGAGUCUGUGGCUUUGGCCUCUCCUUGUGCUGGAGCUGCUCUCAGGCUCUUCUCUGACUUUGGGGAGUCCAUCUGAGUCUAGCAGGAUGCUUCAGGCUGCUGCCAGGGAUCCUGAGGUCCAAUGGCCUUGUCUGGUCAUCAGUCUGACCGAGCCCUGGCCUGAUGACCUGCCUGGGGCAUCACCACCCUCCUCUGGCCUCUGCCUUGUCUCUGUUUCCAUCUGUCUUGUCUUUGGGAUGCCUGGCUCUUCCCAUGGGCUUUUAUCAUGUCUGUCUGUCCUACCAGAUGUGAAGCAGUCAGCUGGGACAGGGGCACAGGGCAAGCAGGGGUAUGGCAGGGUGAUGGCCCGUAGGCUGAUGGGAAGGGCAGAGUGCCCAGCACAGCCUGGUACCACUCUGCUCCCCCAUGUGACUGCAGGGCUGUGCGGGUAGGGACAGAGGAAUGGCCACAGCCUGUGUGUGUCCCAUCAGAGCAUCAAGGGGCUUUGCAAGGGUUGGGGUAGGAGCCUGAGGGGCCAGUGGGAGCCCUGGACUGUCCAGCACACCAUGACAUGUGGCCCACGGCCCUCAGAAGUGGAGAAGGGAACAGGAGAGAUUCAAAGCAUGGCUAGGGCUGAGCCCUGCUUGAAAUCGAGGUGUCACAGAACGACUCACGGUUGCCCCCUGCCCUUGCCAGUGAGGAGCAAGGGUGUUGCUUCCACAACCCCAGGGAGUAGAAUUUGGCACAACCUGAACGGACAAUGGCAGAGUGACCCAGUGCCACCUGGUAGGAGUCCAGCCAAGUGACACCUGGAUUGACACACAGAGCCAAGUUGGCCACCACACAGGACCAGGGCCCAGGGUGCACAGCACUUCAUGGUUGUGUGCCCCCAACAUGCGCUGCACCAGACUGUUCUGUGGGGCCACCUGGAGGCCUGGCCAGGGGCAGACAUCUCCCUCUCCAUCAGCAGCAGCUCCAAACCCCACCUCCCUCCUCCGAGGUCAGGAGCCGCGUUCAGCCAUACGUUCCUUGGGGUUUGGUAAAAAACCACUUAACUUCCUUUUUGUUUGUGAUAAACUUGUAUUAUAUUGCCUUAUUUAUUUUUAAUCUUGUACAGUAUUCAUGUACAAACGUUAGAGCCAUCCGGGUAGGAGUCUCUCAAAAUUAUUUAUUUUAAGAUGCUCUGUACAUAGUGCACCACUUACAGGUGCUGCCUGUCACUCGUACCAAAAAUGAGGAAAAGCCCAGCUCCUCCCUGUUAGCCCCAUGUGCUUGGUGACAAUGCCGGGGCACUUGGGAAAUGGCCCUGUGUGUCCCCUCUUCGCAUGCCUCCCGUGCCUGCCACCAUAGAGUAGAACACAGCCCCAGAAUGCUUCCAGAUGCUUCCACGGGCCGCGCCGAUCCAAGCCGGCCCACUCCUGGGGUGCCCAUGCCCUGCAAAUGGACGCCCCACACCCAGCAGCCCAGUUGUCAGCCCGUGUGUUUCUCAGACUCUGAAGCCACAGGGUGUCCCGACCCUUCUGUCACAGAUGCAAUAACUGGAACUCUAUGCUGUAGAGCCCAAUCUGGCCCUCGCAGAGGGGCCUUCCAGAGACAAGCCAUGUGCAGGAGUUUGCGGAAUGGACUGCCCAUCCCAGGGCCCCACUGCCCCACACUGGCCUUUGCGUUCCUGGGGUCCAGCCUAGCAUCCCAGGCGAGUGGCCAGAUGCAGCCUGGGUCCCCAUGCUCUUGUGCAGAGAGCAGGGAGGUGGCAGCCCCCCACCCCUGUGCAGCCUCUUCCUAACCUGAAUGUCAGCGCUGCUCUCCUGAGAUCACUAGCGUCCAGCAUUAGAAAAGGAUGGUUCCCGGGGCUGUCUGCGCUGCACCGUGCCAGAACCCAAGCAGGUCACCCGGGUGAGCCUGAGGGUGGUUGGGAAAGGCUGGGGUGCCCAGGUCGAUAGGGAAGAUGGGGAGCCUGGGCUUGGCAGGACAAGGUCAACCUCCAGCCCUCCGGGUUUUAUUAGCAUUUCAUAGGAAGGCUGUGCCGCAGUCCUAACAGCAACCCGGAAAGAUUGCGUUCUGCUUGAAGCUUUGUGAACAAUAGCAUGGAGGCUGUGUUGAGGGUACCCUGGGCAGGGCUGGCUCCAGGACCCCUGAGUCCUGGGACUUUGUUCCCUGCCCAUGUAGGGUUCGAAUCCAGCAGGGAGGCUCAGAUGUAAGGCAGGAGGAACUGCGCAUGUUCCACCCACGCGUGUCCAACAGCUCGGGUCCACCGGGGUGCGAAAGUGCCACUCAGGCCCCACGCUCCGAAAUCCAGCAGGUCUGACCGCUGCGCCUGCAGGAAUCCUGGAUGCAGAUGUUACUGGCUUCGGCAUUGCUUCGGUUCAUGGACAUGCAUGCGCGCGUGCGCAUGCACACACGCAUGCACGCACACGACCUUCUUGGAGGCGAUUGGCUUUAGAACUAAGUGUGGUGAAAUCAAGGAAGAGGGCAGUGCAGCUCUUUGGCCCAGGAGCCCCGCUAUCCCCUCCUGCAGUUGCUUUGAGAGCUCAUGUUGUGUCCCGCGUCAUUCCCAUUGAUCCUGAUCCGCAGGUUUGAGAGCAAGCCUGUGAUGGCUUCCUCAGGUGGUGUCCUGGGGUCGUGUUUGCCUUUGCCCGGUAGGCUAGGGCUAGAGGAGGUGCCCUGGCUGCACUUAAAUCAGACUCUGGGAUGUGGGGGGCCCGGAGGCCAGCAGGCAGGAUCGGGGGCUGCGGUGGGGCUGGUCCAGGUGUGUGGAGGUUAAUUUUCCUGGCUCUGGCCUUCGUGUUGAACGUAGGAUGACAAAGAGAGGUCUCCUUCGAGGAACUCAGGUCCCCAACUGUUGGCACGUAAACUUUUCCAUGCCCUUUGGCACCCAAGAGGAAAUGCCAUGGUCAAAUGGCAGAGUGGGCAAGGCGGGCAGGAUGGGCACAGAGUCACUUGGCCUCCACUGCCGGGUAAGUCAGCCAGAGCAUGUGGGUUGAGACCCAGGUCGGAUGGACCCAGCUGAUGACAACUGCCUGGGGUCCCGGCCAAGGCACUGUGUGGGCAGCAUGCAGCAGGUGAUGGUGCCCAGCGCUGUCCUCUCACAGGGUCAGGCACCUCGAGCAAAAUCCCGGACCACAGGGCCUGCAGGUUGGAGUCAGCGUCAGGCCCAGGGGCUGCCUCCCCUCGAGAUUCCCCUAGGGCACUCUGGAAAGUGUCCGGGCAUUUUCUACCUUAUCCUCUCAGGGCCACAGCCUGUGAAGGCAGGUCCGGUCAUAGGAUGUGAGGUCCCUGCCACCAUUACCAAUUUCAGGCAUCACAUUUAGGGGGCUGGGGUCCCUAAGCUAUGUGCUGUUAGAUGUUUGCAUUUUUAAGGUUUCUUGCAAGGUUAAUGAAUUUAGUUCCACAUUCGACCUGUUUAUUGUAUUUUGAAAUCUUACUGGACUAGACGCCAGCUUAGUUCAAAUCGGCGUGUGUCUGCAUGUUUGUGUGUCUCUGUGUGUGCGUGCGUGCCAGUGCACGUUUCACUGCAUGAGCAAAACAAAAAUGACCUGUUCUGGGGACUAAUGUGGGUUCAUAGAAGGAGCAAAAUUUGAAUAAAGCCAGAUGCCUGGCAUCCCAGCCUCCCAACCUCAAACUUCACUGGAGGAGGCAGCGGUAGGGACAAGGACAGGGACAUUCAGACACCCAGUGGUGUGUGACCCCGGGGGAGGUCGCCGAGGCCCUGUCCACCAACAGUUGCUGAGUCUCUUUGAUUUUUUUUUUUUAAAGUAUCUGCAACAUCUGCACUGAGGCAAGGAGACCUGGGCUCUAAAUUCGCCUGCUGGUUUGCCGAUUUGGUUUUGGGUUUUCUUGGCACACGCAUGACCUGUGAGAUCUCCAUGAGGGUGGAGUCCCUACAGGGGAGGUGAGUGGGACCGAGCCUCGGUCUCUAUGUUCCCUUCCCCAGUCACAGAGCCGACCUGAGGUCUGGGGAUGUCGCCUCAGUGGACACGUGGCCUUCCUGGCUUGUGGCUCACUGCUGGCUGUAAGACAAGUCUUAAACAUCAGACAGUGGCUGCUGUUGUGCCCUUGUUACCAAGGACUCCGUCCUCGGGGCUGGUCACUUCAGAUCCAAUUCCAUCAUCCUUUGCAAAGGCACCGAGUUCCUCCUGGUGGGAUCCACUGUGUCCCAUGCUCAGCACCACCCUCAUGUCCAGUGGACACGGGACUCCGUGGGCCUUUGGUUGGGGUCUCCCUGCUGCCCGCUGUCUGUGGACAAGACCCGGUGAUGGUGGUGGUGUUGUAUGGAGGAUCUGAGGCCUAGAGGGCUGGGGGGACCUGAGGGACGCAUUCCACAGCUCUGCCAUGCGAGGCCAGGCCUCAGCCUGUGCUCUGUCCAUCCCAGCAGUUUCCAUUGCUUCAAGGGUCUCUGUACUGAGGGUGGAACCCACACAGGCUGCGUUGGACCUGAUGAGGACAUCAGCUGGUCACACAAUGUGUGCAUGGUGCAGGAGGGGACUCCCAGGGCCCUGAGCCCCUGUCCUUGGAGCCUGUGUCCAGUCCUCACUGGCUCCGAGGUCCUUGACCAAGCCACAUUCCUCCUUGGAUGUUACUGAGUCCCACAAGGCAAUGCGACACCAGGACUCACACAUCCCUUCUUUGGCAGACUGUGUUUUAUUCCCUCCAGCUUGUUUUGAAAUACAGCCUGUAUAAAAAAUGCAUAGAAUCUCCUUAGCCAGGGAGGAUGGCUGCAGCCUUUCCUGGGGGCAAGUCUUGAUGACAUCAAGAAGGGACAGAACCAUGCCACCCCCACAUGACACAGGCCUCACUUAUGCAAGUGCAGGUUGGGGACGUCUGGGGCUUGGGGAAGCCUGACAGUUGUGUCCACUGUUUCUCCUUCCUCCGUGCAGGCGGGACAUGGGUGGCCAAGUGCUUUCCCAGGGGCUGGAGAGUGUGGGGGGAGCAGAGCUGCCUGAGAGUGGUCAUCAGCACAGAGGUGAUUAGGACGGUUGGCGAGGGAAAGACCUGGUCAUCGCGCCGGUCCCGGUGCCUGUCUCUGUCUCCUGGCACCAGGCAGUGCCAGCAUUCACAUGGGUUGCUUUCCAAAACUGCUUUCAGCUGCUUACUGAAAGUGGGUCUUUAAUCAGCUCAUUUCCUGCAUUGACUCCAGGGAGAGCUAGGAGGUCCCCUGGGGCUCGGCGGAGCUGUGCAGGGGCCAGCUCGUACAGGGGCUCACAUGGUUCCCACAGGCCCGAUGGCAGCCAGAACUUGUCUCUCUAUCCCACCAGCACCCCCUGCUCAACCCCAGGCCCUGGGCACACGAAGCACAAGUCUCAGGGGACCUCCCCCAUGCUGUGGGAAUCCCGAGGACACCCACAGCGCCUCCUGCACACCCCAGGGGGUGGACUCAUAGACCACCAAGGGCACACACGCCUGGUGUGGAAGGGCCACUAUGCUGCCUCGGUCGCUGUCCACACUGCUCACACCAAGCCAUUUGCACUCCAGAAUUGCAUGCUGUGACAUUCCUGCCCGUGCGGACCUUUGUUUGAGUUCGGAAUCACGCAGCAUGCAGAGCGGGACAGGCCGGGGUAUACAGCAUCUCCCGAGAGCCAGGACAGGUCGUGUGGACCCUGAGUUUGUGUAGCUUGAGCACUUAAUAGGCACCAUGUGCUAACCAUCCUUCCACUCCCACUCCCGGAAAAGUCACCACCACAACCACGUGGCCAUUUCCUCGUGGUGACUCCCAACCUAAGGCAAGCCUGAUAUCUACCCCUGGACUUCCUUUCUCUCUGAGAACAGUCACACGAGCGCCUGUGUCCACUUGUAUUUGGCCAGAGAGGGAGGUGUCCCCCGGUGGGGCGAGAGUGGCGUGGCCAGGGGGUGGACUUCUGCCACGAGAUAAACUUAGCGGGGACACAGUGACGCUGUCCCACAUCACAGUACCGCAAUCUCACUGGGUAACUUCUCGGGAUAGAUUUGUAAUCAAUACGGGUCUAUUUUUAUGUCAACUGGACACUGAAGAGUACCUUCCAGUCUUUUUCAAGAUUGUUAAAUUGAGUCAAGUCAUUGACUAAUUUGUCCUAUUUUUAUUUUUAAAAAAAGUGAAUGGAUGGAAAUGUGAAAUGUGAAUGUACAUUUCUUAAUUGCAACUUUUCUACUUGGUGUUUGCACUAUACUUUCUGGAGUCUUAUUUAACAAAAAUAAAGAGAAGAAAAAUCGCUUGACUAAA